UGGACGUGAUUAAGAUAUAUUGUUAUACUUCCUUCUUUAAAUGUUAAACAUGACAUAGUAUAAGCCCAUAUUCUGUUCUGCUGAGAGAAUUGUGUUUUACGUCACACCGGAAACCUUUGUUUGUUGACGGAAGCCUUCUCACGCAUGUUUAAGUAGCUAGCUAACUAGCGUUUCGGUGCUUGUCGCGCUAUGAGUGACAGCAAUCCGCUGAUUAAAGGCAAGUUAGAAGCUUUCCGCGAACUGAAACGACAUGUUGGAGUCGCACCAACUCCACUAUCACGGGGGCGGCAUACCAAACGGUGCCGCCCAAUCCUCUCAGGAUCCGUUUGAAUUCAGACCCCUGAAGGUGGAGCCGGACGUGCUGUGCGUGUCCCAGGCGGAGGAGUUGGCCUUGCUGAGGGUGCGCGUGCAGCAGCUGGAGCGGGAGAUGGCCCGUCUGGCCGCCGAGAACCACCACCUCAAAGACCUGCUCGUCAAGGAGAUCCCUGGUCUGCUGUCGGCCAUGAGACAGACUCUAGCACCAGCCCCAUCAGCCCCACCAGCACCAGCAGCACCACCACCACCACCAUCGGGCCACGGGCUGAGCCCCGGCCACCAGCCGGACCUGCUGUGCUCGCUCUCCUCCUCGCCCUCCUCCUGCUCCUCCUCGCUGGCCCACGCCGACCGCGGCUACGGACUGCUGUCGUGGGCCGAGCACGGCCCGGGCGUCACCGCCGCCGCCGCCGGCCCGGAGUCCAUCCCCUCCAUCUCCGAGCUGCUCCGCUGCCGGCACCAGGAGCUGGACGGGAGCGCCGGGAGCGCCGGGAGCGACGGGAACGGCGGGAACGGUCUGGAGCUGCUGGAGAGCCUCUCGAGUCGUGCGGGCGGCCUGGCGGACGUCAUGAAGUUCGAGCUGAGCGACGAGCUGGAGGACGAGCUGGCGCCGUUCCUGCGAGAGCUCGGACCGCGCGGACCCACCGCCACCCCGUGUGGGGCGUCGCCAUGCCAACAGGCAGAGAUGCGCAUGAGGGGCCGACCGCCCGGGUGCGGCCAGCUGGGAGACCACUGUCACGUGGAACAGGAGGAGGUGUUUCCAGGUUCCGGAGUGUUCUGUGAUGCAGGGCUCUACGGCGAGCCAAUCAGAGCUCCACGCCAACAGCGAUGGUCCGGAACCUUCUAGUGGGCGUGUUCGACAAACACACACUCCUGAACAGCAACCUACGCGGAGGCAGCAGC